UCAAGGCUAGAAGUGGUCCCUUCUAGGUCCUCAUGCGGAUCAGUGUGCACUCUCAGUUCAUUGAGUUGCCGGCCGACAAGUAAUACACUCGUUUAAUUUAUAUAUUUUUUUAAUAAAAUAUUUAAUGGUGUUAUGGACAGUGAACUUAAGAACACAAUGUAUUAUUACGUGACUCUAUUAUGCAUGUUCAAUAUUCUCUUUGUCAAUGUGAACGGAUUGACUCUGAAAACUUCGAGAGCGUGCAUCAUCGGCGCUGGAUAUUCAGGUUUGGGUGCAGCCCGCUAUAUGAAACAGUAUCACGUCAACUUCACAGUUUUCGAAGCGACUAGAAACUUCGGCGGCACUUGGCAUUUCGAUCCCCAUGUUGGUACAGAUGAAGACGGCCUGCCAGUCUUUUCUAGCAUGUACAAUGACUUAAGGACGAAUACGCCACGUCAAACCAUGGAAUAUUACGACUUUCCAUUUCCCGAGGGAACCCCGUCGUAUCCAUCGGCAACGUGCUUCCUCGAUUACUUAAAAUCAUUUGUGAAGCAUUUCGAUUUACUCAGUCAUAUUCAAUUGCGCAGCUUGGUCACAUCAGUGAAGUGGGCGGGAAAUCACUGGAACCUUACUUACACAAAGACGGACACCAAGGAAAAUGUAACUGAGACGUGCGACUUCAUUGUGGUAGCAAAUGGCCCUUAUAAUACUCCUGUGUGGCCCAAGUACGACGGAAUAGACACAUUUGAAGGCAGCAUGAUCCACAGCCAUGAUUACAAAGAUCGGAAGGCGUACAAAAACAGAAAGGUGCUUAUAGUAGGAGCUGGAGCUUCAGGCUUGGAUCUCGCGAUACAGUUGUCCAACGUGACCGCCAAAUUAGUUCACAGCCACCACUUGGUGUAUAACGAACCGAAAUUUUUCGAUGGUUACGUGAAGAAACCAGACAUAAUGGCGUUUACUCCUAAAGGCGUUAUUUUCCGGGACGAAUCAUUUGAGGAAUUGGAUGAUGUAAUUUUUUGCACAGGUUAUGACUUCAACCACCCGUUUCUAGACGAGAGCUGCGGUGUUACCUCAACUGCGAAAUUUGUACUGCCUCUCCAUAAGCAACUUGUCAAUAUAAAACAUCCCAGCAUGGUAUUUCUUGGAAUCGCCAAGAAGAUUAUAACAAGAGUUAUGGAUGCUCAGGCUGAAUACGCAGCACUACUAGCUUCGGGUAAAUUGAAGCUUCCAUCACAAGAGGAAAUGCUGAAUUCUUGGCUGAAACACAUCUCUUCCCUGCAGGUUAAGGGCAUGAAAAUUAUCGAUCUAAACGUAGUCGGUUCGGAAAUGGAUCAAUAUUUCGGCAAUUUAACUGAAGAAGCUGGUGUGGUGAGAGCGCCCCCGGUACUCACAGCGAUCAGGGACUUCAACGGCGUCAACCGUUUGGAUGACUUGCUCAACUACCGCGAAUACGACUAUAGCAUUAUUGAUAAUUUCCAUUACGAAAGAAAAUAUAAUCCAAGGCCGAACAUACCUUGCCCUGUCGAAGUGUGAUAUUAACUUUUUAAGUACUCUAAUUAUCCAAGUAAUUAUAGUUAGCCGAAAAUAUUAGAAAGUUGCUUCAAUAAUGAGUUGGGAAAUGAACGGAAAGGUUAGUACAUUCUAAGUUUACAAUUGACGCGUCAAUUAUUCUGGUUGUGCGAGUUUUUAAAUAUUAAAAAAAUGACUUGUUUCCGAUAUUUACGUAAUAAUUUAAAUCAUUUGUUGGAAAUGUGUAUUUUGACAUUCAUUGUUAAAAUUAUAAAUACAACGUAAAAAGCAAUUAAUUUGAAUGAAAUAAAUUCAACGCUAAAAUCCGCAUUUCAACGCUUUGACAACUAAGUACUUAAUUUUAAAAUACAAAUAAAUUUUCGAACAAACAAUUUUAUUUCUUCUCAACGUUAGCAUAGAGUUUAAUUUUAUUUUUGUAACCAUAUGAAUGAUUAAAUUAUACCGUUAUCGUAUGUAGCUGCCGAUAUCCAAGUAAAUUAAUUUCGUUCCGAUAAUUGCCACAUUGUUACGUUGAGAUAUACUAUUUGCGUAUUAGAAGCGAUCGUGAUUUUCUUAAAAUAAUUCAAGAAUUUAUUUUGGCUAGUGGUCGCGGAGUAGUCGAAAUUUGACUAUAAUUAUUAAUUUAAAUUAAAAGUUUGAACAUUAUUAUGGUUCUA